AUGGCACUGGGCUGCUACGCGGGUUCUGGAGCUUCAGGUCUAUCUUACGGGAAUCUGUAUCUCUGCGCUGCUGAUGCCCGGCAUUUCAGGGCAUCCUGGUACUUUCUGCUGGAGGAUGAAGUCUACGACGAGGACGGGAACACCCUGCAGGACUUCGCCUAUGACCACGAGCCCCUCGGUAUAGCGAAUCCGUCCUCCGUCCUAAGCGAGAUGUACACCUUGUAUUACCCACCGGAAAAGAGGCACGCCGAUGGGAUCUUCAAAAAAGCCUACAGGAAACUCCUGGGCCAGUUAUCCGCCAGGAAAUAUCUGCACUCCCUGAUGGCCAAGCGGGUCGGAAGGAUGCCCUGCUCCCAGGGGAUUAUGAGGAAAGUGAUUUGGGAGUCCAGGAGCAGCCCCAGCCGCUACCGGAAACAAAUGGCUGUCAAGAAAUACUUAGCAGCCGUCCUGGGGAAAAGGUAUAAACAAAGAGUUAAAAACAAAGGACGCCGAGUAGCGUAUUUGUAG